UUGGGGUUUCAGUUGCGAUUGCACGGCACAGCAAUGAGAUCUUUGUGGAAAAUUACGGGGCUGCUCGGUCUGAUUCUUCUGACCCUUCAGACAGCUGGAGCCCUGCGUUUGCGGGGGGAACAGCCUCCGGGUGUAGCUGGGGUCAAUAGACAUCGAACAAGUGAUGUGAAUCCGUCCUUGGCGAAGAGUGGGCCUGAGGGACGUGUGACCGGGGGCACAGCUGCCACGGCGGGAAGCUGGCCCUGGAUUGUGACUCUGCAGAAUGUCUACGGCUAUCAUAUCUGCGGAGGCGUCAUCAUCGACAAAGAUUGGAUUUUGACGGCCGCCAGUUGCGUCGCGGGCCUGAGGCCACGCAAUGUGAUAGUAGUCACAGGCACCACGGACUGGUGGGACCUCAACGCCAUUUACUACAUUGUGGACAGCAUCCAUGUCCACUGCAACUUCGACCAGCCGCUCUACCACAACGACGUGGCCCUGCUGCACAUGGCGGAUAGCAUUGAGUUCAACGAGAACACCACUAGCAUCACCCUGGCCGACAUUGACGAGCUGCAGGAGGGCGAAAAGCUGACCUUUGCCGGCUGGGGCAGUCCCACGGCGAGUGGCACCUACGAGAGGUAUCUGCAGGAGGCAUCCGGCACCUAUGUGCCGGUGGAGCAGUGCCGCACCGAGCUGGGUGGCACCGAUGAUGUGGACCUGGGACAUGUGUGCGUGCAGUUGGCUGCCGGAAAAGGUGCUUGCCAUGGCGACACCGGCGGACCACUGAUCGAUGAGCAGAAUCGUCUAGUGGGCAUUGGCAAUUGGGGCGUGCCCUGUGGCCUCGGCUAUCCGGAUGUCUAUGCCCGGACUGCCUUCUACCACGAUUGGCUCCGCACCACCAUGAACGGCUGCACCAUCAGCUAGUCCGUCCGGACAUUGGUCACCCAUCACCUAUCAGUUCUCUUGAGUUGUAUUGCUGAUUUAAUAAAAAUUAUGGGAUUUUUACGAGCCCAUAGUUCUGGGUUUUCUACGAUCGCCCAUGAUUGAGAUUGCACAA